AUGAGAGACCACAGGAUUUUGCUGACAUUAGUGUUCUUAAAAAUUGUCAACAACUGUUAUGUUGAUAGUCGUCCAUUGACAUUUAUCGAGCAGCAAGUUCAACUUUGUAUAAAUCAGGAUGUUAAACGGCAACCAGUAAUUAUCGAUACAGAUACAGACGUAGAUGACUUAUGGGCAAUUCAUUAUCUUCUCAAUGUGCCAACUGUUGAUGUCCUUGCAAUAACAACUGUUGGGAAUGGAUAUAGCAAACCGUUUUAUUCGGGAUCAAAUAUUCUUACCUUUCUCGAUUUGAUUGGAUGUUCAAAUGGUAUUGGAGUCGGUUAUGGAGUAAAUCUUCCAUUAAUGUCGUCCGGUUAUAUAAUUCCAUCAUCAUUACUGAAUGCAAUCGAUUCAUAUAUGACGGCUGCUACUUGUCUUAAUCAGUCAGUAAAUAUAUUUCUUCAGCCAUCUCCAUUUGGUGCGAUUGAACUAAUAAAACUAUCAUUGAAAUAUUCAAAAAUACCAGUUGAUAUUUUGAUUCUUGGAACUAUGACAAAUCUUGCUACAGCUAUUAGUGAAGAUCGAUCAAUUAUAUCGAAAAUAGGCUCGGUUUAUUUUUCAGGUGGUCAAUUCAAAUCAAUAAAUUCAUAUCCAUCUCUCGUACCAAAUGUGACACUUCCUAAUUAUCCAGACAGUGAAGAAAAUUCAGACGGUAGCCCGAAUGCUUAUUUGGAUAUGCUUGCCGUACAACGUGUUGGCAUGAGUGGAAUAAAAAAUAUUGUUGCUAUGCCACUAAUCAUACAAAAUACGAUGCCAAUCAAUCUUACCCAACUGAAUGAAACAUUGAAAAGAUUGAAUAUUCAGUUGAAGCCUUUCGUCCUUAACUUCAUAUCAUCAUUUGUAAAAUGUACAAGUCCAAAUCAAACUACCAUCUAUUUGAAGUGA